GCUCCUACUACCCGCUCCCCGUGGCGCUGCUGCGCGCGGAGAUCUGCAAGGUGGCGCUGGCCGCCGGCGAGGCGGGUGUGGACGCGUUCAAGAAGACGUGGCCUGUAUUAUUCGGGAACUUCUGCGAGCGUGCCACCCCCGCAGAGGAGCUGGACUCCUGCGGCCUGCGCGCGUGGAAGCUGCGCCUGGACGUCGUCGACCGCCUGCCGCCCGCGGUGUUGACGGCGUUCGCGGAGCUGAUCUUGCUCAAGAACAGCCCGACCGCAGGC